GUUGCUACCUUCAGCUGGCUGUUGGUGCCCUCCUCUUGGAAGCACCUGGGUGAGAUCUGGCAGCACUGGAUCAUGCAAACACUUCAGUACAAAGAGCUGAAGCUGCCCUCCUACAAAGGCCAAUCUCCCCAGUUACACCUGAGAAGAUACUUUGCAGAUCUGAUAGCCAUUGUGAGCAAUCGGUUCAGACUCUGUCCUGCUGCACGACAUCUAGCUGUGUAUCUGUUGGACCUCUUUAUGGAUCGUUAUGACAUAUCUAUACAGCAGCUACAUGUGGUUGCUCUUUCCUGUUUACUUUUAGCAAGUAAAUUUGAAGAAAAGGAAGACAGUGUUCCCAAACUUGAGCAGUUGAACAGCUUGGGUUGUAUGACUAACAUGAAUUUGGUACUAACAAAACAGAAUUUGCUUCAUAUGGAGCUGUUGUUGCUAGAAACAUUUCAGUGGAAUUUGUGCCUCCCAACUGCUGCUCAUUUCAUCGACUAUUAUCUUUCUGUUGCUGUCCAUGAGACUGACCUUCAUGACGGCUGGCCAAUGGUUUGCUUAGAGAAGACUAAGUUAUAUAUGGCAAAAUAUGCUGAUUACUUUCUGGAAGUAUCACUGCAAGAUCAUGCAUUUUUAAAUUACGCCCCUUCUUUAGUUGCUGCUGCGUGUGUAGCUUCCUCAAGGAUUAUCUUGCGUCUCUCGCCGACCUGGCCUACCCGACUGCACCACCUCACUGCGUAUUCCUGGGAGUUCCUGGUGCCAUGUAUCGAGCGGCUGCUAAUCGCACAUGAUAAUGAUGUGAAGGAAGCAAACAAGCAAAAAGGACAACAAGCUCAGUCUGCCCAACAUACUGUAUUUCAGACCUCAGCUCCAAGUCCCCAGCAGGCUAACGCUCAGCAACACGUACCACAGUAUCUCCAGGCUCAUCAGUCUUCAUUACAGUAUCACCAUCAGACAUCACAGCAACAAAACUGUCAACAGAUAUUAUCAUCUAAUCAUACAGCAUCUUACCCACUUCAGACUUGCCCUGCUGCCUUACAGUCUAGUGUUCAGGCUCGUGGCCAUGUCCAGACUGGAGCUGCAGUGUCACUGGCCGUUCCACUGGAAGUGAAGCCCUGUAUAAGCGCCUCCUACAACCGGAGCUACCAAGUGAACGGACGAUAUUCCUGUAUCACCCCCUGCUUUGAGAGGUGA